AUGAACAACAUAGUUUUAGUUAAUGAUCCAAACUCAGAUUUUUUUUACACUUGUGUGAUUUGUAAUGAAAUAGCUCAUAACCCGAAAGUAGUUGUUUGCACAUCGGAUCCCGAUUGUCCCGGAGUGUAUGUAUGUGGAACAAUUCCACCCCGUAUUCAUUGUAUCCAAAAGUUUGUACAACUUUGGAAACCACAGUGGAGUACGGAGCAUAGAAAACUAAUUUUAACAGGAUGUUGUCGAGAAGAUUGUCAAGGCCUUUUAACAACUACCAUUAGGACUCCACCUCAGGCUACUAUAGCAAGGGUAAAUGAUAUUCCACGACUCUGUGGAUAUCCUGGUUGUGAGUACCGUGCGGCAUACAAUGCGCUACAAAAUCAUGCCCAAAAUCACCAUGCAGAUGAUGAGGACCUUGAUGAGUCUGAUGUCGUCGAGGAACAUGGACAAGGUAAUGUCGAUGAGGACGACGAUAAUGAUAAUGACAAUCAAGGAGAAGAGCAAGGUGAUAGUGAGAAUGAUGAAGGGAGUGAUGAUGGUGAGAAUGAAGAGAACGAUAACGAAGAUAGUGAUGGUGAUGAUGAAGAAGACGAGCAACAAGGAUAUGAUGAAGGACAAAGUGAUGGUGAUGGUGUGGAAGCUAUGAUUCGUUCAUUCCAUCAACAGUAUUUCGUUUUUUGA